AUGAACGUCAAUUGUGAGAAACGGAUUGAAAUUUCUCACGAAUCCCUGCUGCAUUUCAAAUGAACUUAUUUCGUUCUUUUCUCUCUCUUUUUUCUUUAUUAAAACUAUGGCUGUUGUCAAACUCACUCAAGAAGAAAGAGAUACCCUUUUAUCACCUUUGCUUUCCUCUGGCUGGAGACUCGUUGACAAUAGAGAUGCUAUCAUUAAAGAGUACAUCUUUACUGACUUUAAUCAAGCCUUUGGAUUUAUGACACGUGUAGCCUUGAAAGCUGAUAAGAUGGAUCAUCAUCCAGAGUGGUUUAACGUUUAUAACCGCGUCCAAGUCACUUUGAGUACACAUGACUGUCAAGGUUUAUCCAAGCGAGAUAUCGAACUCGCCAAGUUUUGUGAUGAAGCCAAAUAAGAUAUUAUGUAAACAAUAAAGGAAAGAGCAUACUGUAGGUCUCUUUUUGUAAGAAGAUAUGAUCAUGUGUAUUCAUGGUACACUUU